GCGCGCGCAGGCUGAUCCUCGCGGGAAAGUGACAUGCGAUCAGGCACGAACUCGUAGAUGAGCUGCUGCUGCUCCGACGCUCAGAUCCUGCAGGUUCGGCGCGGUGGUAAAAACUGAGAAAACCAUGAAGUCCAGGAAUCAGGACCAGAGUUUGUCCGACUCCAGAGAGCUGGACCGAUCCUACGACCCACUAACAGGUAAUCCUCCAUCCAAACCCAAUAAGAAGACCAUAAAGCAGCGGUUCCUCAAACUUCUCCCCUGCUUCCACUCUGGCUCCAGCUCUUCAGUCGCCCGAAGUAGCAUAACUGAUGAGGAUGAACUGUCAGCGGUGCGUUACCGACCGGAGAGGCUCGACCACCUCGAACAGAAGACCAACUUUAGCAAGAAGGAGCUACAGGUCCUCUACCGGGGAUUCAAAAACGAGUGUCCCAGUGGUGUGGUGAACGAAGAGACUUUUAAAAGCAUCUACUCCCAGUUCUUCCCUCAUGGGGAUUCAAGUAUGUACGCACAUUUCCUCUUUGAAGCUUUUGACACCCGCAACAAUGGCUCGGUCAGCUUUGAGGACUUUGUUGUAAGUCUGUCCAUUAUCUUGAGAGGCUCCAUCACUGAUAAACUCAACUGGGCCUUUAAUCUGUACGAUCUCAACAAAGAUGGCUGCAUCACCAGAGAGGAGAUGACGGACAUCAUGCACUCCAUCUACGACAUGAUGGGGAAGUAUACCUACCCCUGCAUAGGGGACAAUGCUCCCAUGGAGCAUGUGGACAACUUCUUCCAGAAAAUGGACAAGAACAAUGACGGAGUAGUCACCAUCGAGGAGUUCUUGGAGACAUGCCAAAGGGAUGAAAGCAUCAUGCAAUCCAUGCACAUGUUCGACAGCGUGAUCUAAAGCUCGGUGGACACUGAAGACAUUAAAGGUUUCCCUCUUGCCUGGAGUCCACAGCGGUCGGCGUUUCUGCGCCCUUACUGGAGGGCAGCAGGGUGCAAACGGCAAGGACAUCUACCCACAAAACCACCUCUUCUUGUGAAAUGUUUUUAUUUUAUUAAGAUUGUAUCGGGAGACAUCAAAAGGUGGAUUCUGGAGUUUAUGGAUCUUGAGUCUAUGCAGACCAAUUUGAACAAUCUAUUUAUUGUUGUAGAAAAUAAGCUUUGAUGAUCAGCAGAAGGCUGAUUUCAUACUUUCUCUGUUGCAUGAAUGAAUUGUGCAGACACAUGGAACAAACUGUGCAAUGCUCAGAAUGUUGUAGUUUCACUCACCGUCUAAACUCAGAUAUACUUUGAUGAAGGGAUGGAGUUUGAACUCAAGCGAUAAUCUUAAAAGUAACAUUUUAUCACGUCUGCCCUCAUGGAGCCCACCACUCACAUAUACUAUAAUACUGUAUAUUGUGUGUGAAGUAUUGAUAUAGUUUCUAUAUGGAUAUGGUAAC